AUGGCUGGCCCAGACAAGGACAGAAAUUCUCGAGUGAAAUUCAUGAAGCGAUGCAAGACAUUAAAGGCUAAAGCUCACCAGCUGGCUGGCCUUUGCGGCGCCAAUGUAUAUCUCUUCAUUGAUCACCAACGAGGCUCAUUUGUCUAUAACUCUGUCAAUGAUGGAUCAUGGCCUCCACCGGACGAAGUGCUGGAACAUCAUUAUCCAAACCUAGACCGUGCGGGCUUUAACGGAGUGGAACACUCUCCUGGACCUGCCACGGAAGAAUUGGUAAACUCGCCAGAAUCUUCCACGGGCGAAAUGGACCGUGUUCCGAAACCUGCCACAAGUGAACUGAGACAGCUCCGUCAAUAUUUUGCCAUGAGACUGCAACUGCUUUCAUCAUUGGGUAAUUUCUACAAGGAUAAGGAUCUCACCCACGAUAUCACCCACGGGGGUGAUUCAAAUACUACGCGGUCAAACAGUCAUUCCAAAUAG